AUGGAAGAUCGUAAAACAACUAAUUGGACUGAAUGUCUCUUACCUGUGGUUUUUUCAAUUAACACUAGUCUAGCUCGUGGAGUCAAUACAAGCCCGUAUGAAACUGUUUUUGCUAUAUCUAAUCCAAUUGGUUCCGCUGACAUAGCCGAUGUAAUUGCUCCAACUGAUGCGCCUGAUUUACCACACUCAGGAACAACCGACUCGAUUCCACAAUUAGCUGCAAUACCGGACUCUACUGAAAUCGAAUGUAACAAUACAAAGUAUCCAGCUGAAACAAUGGACACUGAAACGAAUCAUGCAGCUGAAGAAGUAAAUGAAAAUUAUGAUAUAACAUUAACUAACUCACCUCAUGUGCGCAUUCGCAAGCGAGCAACAGCAUCUUAUCUAUCAACUGCUAAUAAACGAAUGAAAGCACAUAAUGAAUAUCUGCAAGAUCUAUCUUCGAACUGUUCCAUCAGUGAUUAUGUUGGAAUAAGAAUCGAAAAAGUCGAUAGGACGAAUACUGACCCGAAAAUAUUACCAUCUGUUAUAUACAGGAAAAAAAUGGUAGAGCAAAAGUGGCUUGAGAAUAUGGGAUCAUAA